UUUUUUUUCUUUUUUCAUCUCUUUAUACGUUUCUUCCAUUUGAGUUUCGUGUUUGAAAACACUUAGGGAAGGGAGGGUUUUAUAGAAAAUUCAAUAUGUUUUUAAUUGUUUUUGCACUUAUGCAUGCAAUGAGAAUACGCAGAAGUCAAUAGGAAUCGUUUUUUGGUUUUAUCUCGAUGACCCCCAAAUCCUAUUUGGAUUAGAUCCAAAGAGAUUUUCAUUUAAUUUUCUUCUCUCUUAUCCUUUCCAAUGAGUAAAUUAAACAAAGCCAAACAUGCAGAAAUUUUCAUAUCAGCGUAAAAAACAGCUGUCGUUUGCAAUCAUAUCCUUUGUUCCAUAUCUAUUAUCUAUAAAAAAAAAAAAGCAAGUUGGACGCCGCUGCUUGCUUAUAAUCGUAUACAUUUGUUUUGCCACGCAAUUUCAAUUAUUGGCAUGUAUAUAGAUCACGUUGAUGCAUAUCUUUUUCAUGGUUCCUAAGGCUUUAGUCUCCAAAGGAAGCAAAACUUGAAAGGCCUUCUUUUCAUUAUUUGAUCCAGAAGAUGGAGAUUGUUUAUCAGCCUUAUAUUGACCCUGAAUUUGAGUCCCUUAUUGAACGAAUCAAUGCUCCAAGAGUUUGUAUCGAUAACGACACAUGCCAACACUGCACGGUUGUCAAGGUGGACAGUGCAAACAGGCACGGGAUUUUGCUAGAAAUGGUCCAAGUUUUGACUGAUCUCGACCUUGUUAUAUCCAAAUCAUACAUUUGCUCCGACGGUGGAUGGCUCAUGGAUGUGUUCCAUGUGAGAGACCAGCUUGGGAAGAAAAUCACUGAUGAGACUCUUAAUCUUUACAUACAACAGGAACUUUGUGAUACUAGGAGGAGAGGAGGGGUUCCAAAGGAAUUACAAACAUGUCACAAAAGGAAGCUGAGGCCAUGCCAUAUCUCAACAGAGCAUACGGCCUUGGAGAUAACUGGAAGGGACCGGCCUGGCCUCAUGUCUGAUAUAUCUGCAGCCCUAUACGAAUUGGGAUGCCAUAUUACGGCAGCCGUCGCGUGGACUCAUAACGGCCGCAUGGCCUGCAUAAUUCAAGUGGAAGAUGGACUCAAAGGAGGGCCUAUCAUGGUUCAAAAACGGCUGGCUCUAGUACAGGAGAAGCUAGAGAGUGUAGUUGAGGGCCAUCAUGAGAAUGGAGAUAAGAGGAGUGUACUGUUAACCGCUCCGGCAGCCGAUAGGACACAUACGGAACGGCGACUCCACCAGAUGAUGUACGCCGACAAAGACUACGAACCAUGUCAGGGAUGUGAUGGCAGCUGCAGGCACUGGAAUGGGUGUAAGAAGACUCAUGUGACGGUUGAGACUUGCAAGGAAAAAGGGUACUCGCUGGUGAACGUGAGGAGUAGGGACAGAAACAAGCUAUUGUUUGAUACAGUUUGUGCCUUAACCGACAUGCAAUAUGUUGUAUUCCAUGCAGCCGUCAGCUUAAAAGGCUCCAUGGCUAAUCAGGAAUAUUUUAUAAGGAGGCAGGACGGCUGCAGUUUGGUGUCGGAAACUGAAAGUCGUAAACUUGCCCAAUGUUUGGUUGCGGCAAUCGAACGAAGAGUUUCCCAUGGGGUAAGGCUGGAUAUAUGUACUGAAAACAAGAUGGGGUUGCUGUGGUAUUUAACGAGGGUGUUCCGAGAAAAUGGGCUAUCAAUAACACGAACGGAGAUAGGAACACAUGGGGAAAGAGCAAGCGGAUGUUUUUAUGUUACAGAUGCUUCAGGGAAUGAUGCAAAUCCAAGAACGGUGGAAUUGGUGAGACAACAGAUUGGGGGAUCUGUUUUGGUUGUAAACAAGUCCCCCAAUUCUUCAUUAAGUGUCAGCAGAAGCAGCGGUGAAAUGGAAGAAAGACCCAGAUUUUCAUUAGGAAAUCUCUUGUGGUCUAAGCUUGAGCGACUUACAUCCAGUUUCGGUCAUUAAGGAACCAAACUACCCUUUCAUGGUGUAACUAAACUACCCUUUCAUGCUGUAACUAUGUCAUUGUCUGUACAUAAAUUUCUUCAUCUCUUGGAAUAAAUCAGCAAUUGCUUA